AUGGCUCACCCAACCUACGUCUUCGGCGCCCACCAAAUCGGCUCCAUGUCCAAAGAGGACAUCCAGUCCUUCCUGUCCAUUCUAAAAAAGUACGGCGUCCGCAACAUCGACACCGCGCGCAUUUACACGGACAGCGAGCAGCGCCUCGGCGAAGUCGACGCCGCCAUCUCCUUCAUCAUCGACACCAAAGCGCCGGCCUUCACGCCCCAGUCCCUCACGCGCGCCUCCAUCACCGCCGGCCUAACUGAGUCCCUCACGCGCCUCAACACCGACAAGGUCGACAUCUACUACCUGCACGGACCCGACGCCGCCACACCCAUCGAAGAAACCGUCGACGCCAUCCAAGACCUCCACCGGCAGGGCAAAUUCGCGCGCUUCGGCCUGUCCAACUUCCUGGCCGCCGACGUGCGCCGCAUCCACGCGUACGCAACGCAAAAAGGCGGCGUCGUGCCGAGCGUCUACCAGGGCAACUACAACGCCUUCGCGCGGGCCACCGAGAAUGAGCUCUUCCCCGUGCUCCGCGAGCUGGGCAUGUCUUUCUACGCGUACUCGCCGCUCGCCGGGGGCUUCUUCGCCAAGGAUCCGGACGCGCUGGCGCAGAAGAAGGCGGAGGGAAGGUUCGACGAGGGGGCGAAUGUGCACGGCGGCAUGUACGGCGCGCUGUACAACAAGCCGGCCAUGGUCGAGGCGCUGCGGGAGUGGCGCCGCAUCGCGGCCGACGCGGAGGGGGAGACGAGCGUGAUGUUGGCGUACCGCUGGGCGGUGUUCCAUUCGGCGCUGGAUGCGGGAAAGGGGGAUGCGAUCAUCGUGGGGGCGAGCAGGCCGGCGCAGUUGGAGCAGACGCUGAAGGGGUUGGAGGCUGGGCCGUUGAAGAAGGAGACGGUGGAGCGGAUUGAGCGGUUGUGGAAGGGUAUCGAGAAGGAUGCGCCGCUGGAUAAUUUCAAUUCGUUCUUGAAGGGGAAGUUGGAGGCUGGGGCGGCGGCUCGCAGUGGUUGA